AUGGUGAAGGAAACAGUGUACUAUGAUGUUCUUGGUGUCACUUCCUCUGCUUCCGAGGAAGAGAUUCGCAAGGCUUAUUACAUCAAGGCAAGACAAGUUCAUCCUGAUAAGAAUCCUGGUGAUCCUCUCGCUGCUGAAAAGUUUCAGGUUCUAGGUGAAGCUUACCAAGUUCUUAGUGAUCCUGUUCAUCGUGAAGCCUAUGAUCUGACUGGAAAAUUCUCAGCUCCCAAAGAAACGAUGGUUGAUCCAACGGCUGUUUUUGCUCUACUCUUUGGAAGUGAACUGUUUGAAGAUUAUAUUGGUCACUUAGCUGUUGCAUCAAUGGCUUCCACUCAAAUGGCUUCUGAAAUCGAAAACCCUGAUCAGAUUCAUGACAAAUUAAAGGCUGUUCAGAGAGAAAGAGAAGAAAACCUAGCUAGGUUUCUCAAAGAUUUUCUAAACCAAUACGUCCAUGGAGACAAACAAGGUUUCAUAAACCGAGCAGAAGCUGAAGCUAAGAGACUCUCAGAUGCAGCUUUUGGAGCGGAUAUGUUGAAUACAAUUGGAUAUGUCUACACAAGACAAGCAGCACAAGAGCUUGGCAAGAGAGUUCUCUACUUGGGAGUUCCUUUUGUAGCUGAAUGGGUUAGGAACAAAGGGCAUUCUUGGAAAUCACAGAUUAGUGCAGCGAAAGGUGCUUUUCAGUUACUUCAGCUGCAAGAAGAGAGCAACCGAAGACUCAAGAAAGAUGGGACUAGUAGUCAAACGAAUGACUUGGAGUCUCAUAUUCAGACAAACAAAGAAACACUGAUGGGAUCUCUUUGGAAACUCAAUGUGGUUGACAUUGAAGUGACUUUGUUACAUGUGUGUCAGAUGGUAUUGAGGGAAAACAACUUGAGAAAAGAGGAGCUUAAAUCUAGAGCAAUAGCUCUCAAGAUUCUUGGCAAGAUUUUCCAGCAAGAAAAGCAAUCGAGGAACGGUGCAACGUCAAGAAAAGUAGAUGAAGACAGCAGCGACGACGACGAUGACAGUAGCAGCGAUGAUGAUUCUUCACAACCACUUUCAUACAGAACUCCUCUGCUCACUCAGGGGAUUGGUAGACUCUUCAGAUGUCUCUGCAAUCCAGCAUUUGAUGUAGACGACGAUGAAAUUGUAUACAAAGGCAAAUGA